AUGCAUGUUCGUUCAUGGCCGAAUCUGCUGCUCAACUGUUUGCAAGACUGGGGGCCAAACAGAGGCUGGGCACUCUUCGGCUUCCCGCUCUUCACUUCCCUACCCUCCCUCGGAGGUGGACUGUGCCCUGGUGACCUGGUGGAGGUGACUGGUGGGGAGGGGAGUGGGAAGAGUGAGAUCCUCCUCAACAUUGCUGCGCAGUGUGUCCUGCCUCGCAAGUGGCGUGGGCGGGAGAUAGGAGGGAAGGAGGUGGAGGUGGUGUGGGUGAGUACAGACCACAAACUUGACCUACUGCGGCUUGUGGCCAUUCUGGAGGGAGGGAUAUGCGAUAAUCCUUAUGAUACAGAUGAAGGAAGUGGAAGAACAGCUACAGACGGACAGUUACGAUCAACCCAGCGGCUCAGUAGUGUGUAUCACAGCGCAGCUGGACAUGGUUCUUCCGUCAGAGCAAGAGAGUCUGUCUGUGAGAAAGACAGAGAGAGUGCUGACUACAAGGCCCUGAUAAUGUCGUGCCUCUCCAGACUGCACGUGGUCCACUGUUCCUCUAGCACUGAACUGGGCCUGACACUCCAGUCUCUGAGACACUCUUUCCUGAGUGCCCACCCCGACGUGUGUGCCCUGUUCAUGGACAACGUGGCCGAGUUCCACUGGCUGGACAGAGCAGAGGCUGCCGGCUCCCUCCACGGAGCACAGCUAGCUGCACUCACUAGUCGGGAGAUGGAGAGGAUUCGCGAGGAGCUGAUAUGCGCCGUAUGCCUGGACUUUCUGCGAGAGCCCAAGGUGCUCCACUGUGCCCACUCGUUCUGCUCCCGCUGUCUGCGGGAGAUGUUUGAGGGGGGCAAGCGAGCGCAGGGGGUGACGACGGGCCAGCAGGCGCGGCGCUCGCUGGACCUGGAGUGCCCCAGCUGUCGCCACGUCACUGUCCUGGAGCACGGCCGCGUGGACAUAGACCUCUCGACCAACGUCAACCUGAAACGACUCGUUGAUAUCGUCUCGGACGAGGAGAAAGGUCGUACAUUGAAGAUACUGCAUCGGAGGUCAUCAGUGAGGGCUCGAUUGCGCUGCUCUGAGAAGGGCCCAACGUGCCAGAGACAUCACCAGCCGCUGGACAGGUUCUGUCGGGACUGCGGGGAGAUGGUGUGCGCCGCGUGCACCUCGGCCGGCAGCGGGACCAGACGGAGCGGUGGACACACGGGGCACAGCCUCUGCAGUCUGGCUCAGCUGGAGGAGCUUCUGCGAGAGAAGGCGGUCUCGCUCAGGAACCUCAUCCAGCCUGCAUGCGAGGUGGCAACCCUAGCCAACAAGCAGAUGGACAUGCUCUACCAGGAUCGAGACAGAGUCGUCGCAAACAGCAACGCCACCCGCGAAGCUGCGACCGUCUUCUUCAGGGAGCUGCGACAGGCUCUGGAGCAGAGAGAGAAAGCCGUCCUCAACACGGUAUGCAAGUACACGGACAUCAAGCUGUCGACACUGGACUUACACCACCAGAAGCUGCAGGAAGACCACAUGGCCAUCACUAGCAACGUCGAGUCUCUGGAGAAGCUUCUCCAUGCCAACGAGGGGCAUCUGGACACCUCGCUCCUCGCAAACGGCGGAGCACUCGAGGAAGAGCUGGAGCUGCACCAUAACUCGGCCCUCAGCGUGUGUGACGGGCUCGAGGAGGCAAAGCUUGCCGCCCGUUUCCUCUCUUUCAGCGGGGACGAGGUGCACUUGGGGGAGACGCUGCGGGAUGCCGGGGUCCUGAACGAGUGCCAGAGGAUCCCUGACACCAACAUCCUCUCCAUGCAGCGAGUGGUGGUGAGCGAGCAGGAGGACCCCUACCUCCUCGUCCCCUCCCGCUUCGAGGACCUCCAGACAUCCGCCCCCCGCGAGGAGGUCCGCAUCGACGGUACAAAGAGGUCCCAGCGUGUCAUGAAGAUGUCGGACAUGGUGGAGGACGAGAACAUUCAGUACCAACUCCCGCGAGAUUUCCUGGGGUCUCCAACAGGGGGAGCUGUACGCUCACUGGCCGAGGGCGCCUUCCUACAGCCACCGCUGCAAACGCCAACCUCUUCCUUGAAGACUCCACCCAUCCCACCUCGCAGGACACGAAGCAAGGUGCCGGUUUCUCCCCCUCCACGAUCACGAACCACCAGCCACCGAAACAAACCUCCGCCACUGCCACCGAAAGAUGACGAGGACGAGAUUUCUGCCGCGGAUCUCUACGACGUUCCGCGCUCCCUGGUGCAAGUCGGCGGCGGGUAUGACGACACAUAUGAUGUUCCUCGCAGUCUGCUCCAACAACACACCGUAUUGUCGGAAGACACGUACGACGUUCCGCGUAAGCUGCUAUCUUCAUCGCCUCUGGAAUCCUUCCCCUUUCUCCAAGACUCGGACUACCAACAGCUGGUCGAGCUGCAGAGCAGAGAAGCCAGCGAGAUAUACGACGUCCCAAGGCCCCUGUCCCCCGCACCUCCUCCGCGUCCUCCAAAACCGGCAGAAAACAGCAUCAGCAGCUCCAGCAGCACCUCUUCACUCCUCUCACCCACACCGACCCACGGCGAAGACUACCCCACUGGAGUAGUCCCGCCGCGUGGAGCUCCUCCGAAACCAAAGCCUAGGAGCACCACCAUGGCGGGGUUCGAUUACAUCAACACCCACAUCCAGCUCCCGGAGCAGAGGAGGGACACCUCGCCUUCACCGACGCACACAUCUGCAGGGAAGACUGCGUUGCACGCAUCAGGCAGCAGCUCUGACGUGCGGGCCAGGCCGAUCCCAGCCCCUCGCCCCGUGAGACGCGCGCACACCGUGAGAGAGGUGCCGCAGUCGGCCCCACCCACGGCAAAGAUGAAGGAUAAAUUCCGAUGGAACGGCGAGGCUUCCUCGACUGAGGCCGACAAACGGAUGAGCACACUUCCCCCAGAUAUCAAAUUCUACGAGAACGAUCGUUAUGGCCACAAGGAACCCCUAUCAAUCUUCUCGGCCGAGCAGCUGGCCCAUCCGAUGAAUGACGAGAGAGUAUACCCGUGUGGGGUGUGCUGCUCCCCCAUCACCGGUCUCCUGGUGGUGACAGACGUCUACAACCACUGCUUGAGACUCGUGGACCCAAAAACCGGUUGCUCCAUCGAGAAGAUUGGGCGAGAGGGACGCUCAGGCGGCAACUUUAAGGAGCCGAGUGCAGUUGUGAUGGACAGCGAAGAGCACAUCUUUGUGACAGAGCUCGACAACCCCCGGGUACAAAAGUUCACCAGUCGUGGAAAGUACCUGCAGAAGUUUGGGCAGAAGGCGUUCUGGGGGAGCCAGCUGCACGACCCGUACGGCAUGGCGUUCUCUCCCGACGGCCGACUCUUCGUCACUGACUGGGAGAAAGGUCGCAUCGUGGUCUACCAGAAGGACGGGCGUCACAUGACCACCAUCGGGAAAGACCACGCCUUCCUAAAGUUCCCGGCAGGUCUGGUGUUUGACCGGUUCGGGAACCUGUUGGUGACCGACCGCGGGAAACACUGCGUGUGGGUCAUGUCGCCAGAGGGUAAGCCCAUCAAUAGGAUCGGGAAACUCGGCACUGGAGAUGGGGAACUCCUCUUACCCCACGGGAUUGCCGUCCUCAGAAACAACUUGAUUGCCGUCGCGGAGAGUGGGAACCACCGCGUGUCCAUAUUUGCCCCCAGCGGGAAGUUCAUCUGCAGUUUCGGUGGGAAGGGGACGAAGCCGGGGAUGUUCCACUACCCGAGGCACAUGUGUGUCGACAACAAGGGCCACCUCGUAGUGGCCGACGAACACAACCAGAGAAUUCAAAUCUUUGAUGUGUGA